AUGAAUGAGCUUUCCAGGAGACCCUUGCAGUUCUCCGUGGUAAUCAAGUGCGACCGAAAGGCCGUGAUCAAAAAUACGGACAUGUCGGAAGAGAUGCAACAGGACUCAGUGGAGUGCGCUGCUCAGGCGCUGGAGAAAUACAACAUAGAGGACACUGCGGUUCAUAUCAAGAAGGAAUUUGACAAGAAGUACAAUCUCACCUGGAGUUGCAUCGUGGGGAGGAGCUUCGGUAGUUACCUGACACAUGAAACCAAACACUUCAUCUACUUCUACCUGGGCCAAGUGGCCAUUCUUCUGUUCAAAUCUAGUUAA